UUUGGCAGCAUAUAACAAAAUUUUCAGUGAAAACAAAAUGUUCAAAAUAGCAUCGGAUAAGCGUCAAAAUUAGGAAGCGAAGAGUACCAUCCAUCGAUUGUCAAAUUUAUGGCACAGCCGCGGGAAUCCAGUCUGCUGUCCGGAAUCCAGGCCGUUCGCUUGUUUUGGUCAGUGCACAGCGAGCGUCGGAGAUCCAGCCAACUUUCGCAGCUUGAGCGAGCCUCAUCGGACAGUGUUUCUUGUGAAGAAUUGCACCGGACGUCCGGUAACAAAUUCUGCCGGAUCUGUCGGUUGAGUGACGAUUUGCUAAUGGAAAAUGUAUGCGAGUGCAAGGGAACGAUUGGUCACAUCCACGAGCGGUGCCUGCGAACCUGGACCGUUUAUCAGCGCAGCCAACGGUGCGAAAUCUGCCGGACCAAAUUUCGCUUCGACUUCGAGAGGAAGCUGUUAGUGAAACUGACCAAUUGGCAGCUGGCAGUGAAUUUCGUCCGAAGGCGCUACUUCUGGAUUAUGGUGCGGGAUGUGCUCAAUUUCAUGGUUCUGUUCGGCAUUUCGGUACUGCAGAAUGCAGCGAUGCUAGCGAUGGUCCAGGAAGAGGUGCAGCCAAGCGUCCCUCCGGUUCUGGCACUGGCGAUUGGGGCAUCCUUUUUCAAUUUCUAUUUUACCCGCUGGAUAAUGAAUCGAGCGUUGAAGGCGUACAACUUGGUGCGACAGUACUGGAUCCUGACCCACGACGAGGAAUUUGUUGGGUACUUCAACGAGGAUUAUGCCCUUUUCGGGGAAAAUCAAUCCGAGAUUGAGAACAUGCUGCUGGCGGAAUACGACGCUCCGGAGUGGGAUUAAAUUUUUACAACAAACUCGUUAAAAAUGUUGUAACUUUUUGUUUUACCCCGCGUAACAAGCGGAAUGAUGAAUCACGCGAGACGCUCCCAUUAUACCCGGCUGGGUUCGUGAAGACGAGUGAACGAAAUUGCACUCCAACAGAAGCAUCCUUACCGCAGAAACAAACAAAGAAAAGCGUGAGCGAAAUGCACCCGAAUGAAAUUUAUUGCAUUCAUAAUUUAUGAUGCGCAGUUUUGCGCUUGCUGCUACUCGCACAAAACAUAUGCAAUGGGACACAUUCACGUUCGGUGGGGUAUAUGCUAACUCAAACUCACCUCUUCCGCCCCCCUCCAAACUCGGGGUCAAUCCUUCAACUGCGCUCCCGCUCUAUUUGACCACACGUCAAUGUUGUAAAUUUGCGGUGCUGCGGUGUCGCGCAUUCGCCUGGGCAGCACAUCGUGACGGGUUGAUAAAUUUACGAGCUGCAUGCGUGUGUAAUAUUUAUCCUGUUAGAGAGGAGUUGUCCUGGUAAAUAACGUGACAGUUGCGCGAGCAGAAAUUCGCGAGAUCAUAAUUCAUCGCCGUUCGGUGAUACGGAUAUGGACCCUAAUUGUUGCAAUUUGUUGAUGGGUGAUUUGGAGCCGGCCUGGCACCUUUUCGCUUCUGUCCGGGCCAAGCCAAAUUGCAAACACGGUUCACAUUUGUUUAUGACCACUACAUUGUGGCUUGUUUGAGUUCGGGAACAAUGGAUAUGGUAAAAUGUCGAGGAUCUGCUCUGAUAUCUCAAUGGAUGUAGCUGGCAUAUUCAUGACCUGAUGCCUCAUGGAAAAUGAAUUCCGGAUAAAAUGUUACCUUCAUUCCCAAUUUUACACUGUUAUUCCGUAGUGAGCUGACGAAUUAAUAUAAACAA